UCUUCAGUCCCCUGGGCCGCGCGCCUUCUCGCCGCUAAGAUGGCGGCGGAACAUCCCGAGCCGCCUAAAAGCGAGCUUCAGCUACCGCCGCCGCCGCCCCCCCCGCCGCCUCCGCCCCCGCCGCCGGCCCCUUAUGGCGCCUGGCCCGUGCCCGAGCUCCAGGCUAAGCUGGCGGAGAUCGGAGCCCCGAUCCAAGGAAGCCGAGAGGAGCUGGUGGAAAGACUGCAGACCUAUACCCGGCAGACGGGCAUUGUGCUGAAUCGGCCAGUUUUGAGAGGCGAGGAUGGAGACAAAGCUGCCCCUCCUCCCCCCAUGGCAGCCCAGCUCUCCGGAAUCCCCCUACCUCCUCCACCCAUGGGGCUCCCCCCACUACAGCCGCCACCGCCGCCUCCACCGCCACCGCCGCCAGGUCUGGGACUUGGCUUUCCCAUGGGAGUAGGGCCACACCCACCAAAUUUGGGGCCCUUACCCCCGAUGAGGGUAGGUGACCCCGUGGCCCUGUCGGAGGAUGAGCGCCUGAAGCUGGCCCAGCAGCAGGCCGCCUUGCUGAUGCGGGAGGAGCAGGCCAAGCAGGUCGUGUUACUGGAACAGAAGCAGCAGGCGAUGGCCAAGAUGGCUCCCACUGUCCCUCAGGCCCAGCAAGACAUGGGCCCCAUUGGGGCCCGGCCUCCAAUGGCUCGAGUUGCAGCUCCUGUAGGUCACCCACCCCCUGGUGUCCCUAUUGGGGCUCCAGGACCCCGGCCUCGGGUCCCCCCACCUCCUCCUGGAGAAGAAAACAGAGAGACGGAUGACCCCAGUGUGGGGCCCAAGAUCCCCCAGGCCUUAGAGAAGAUCCUGCAGCUGAAGGAGAUUCGACAGGAAGAGCUGAUAUCAGUGCACGAUGAAGAAGACAUGGAGACAGACACAAGGUCAUCCCUAGGGGUCUCGGCAUCUGAGACUGAGGAAGACACGGCAUCUCUAUCUAAGAAGGAGAAAAAUCGAAAGCGACGGAACCGCAAGAAGAAGAAGAAGCCCCCACGCUCAGCAUCAAACCGUACAGCUGCCUCUGGGAGUCCAGGAGGCCGUGAGAAGGAGGUGUCACGCCCCCGUGGCGCAGACUCUCCCGCUGCUGCAGUAGAGAUUGAGUAUGUGACCGAAGAGCCUGAGAUCUAUGAACCCAACUUUAUAUUCUUUAAAAGGAUUUUUGAAGCUUUCAAGCUGACUGAUGACGUGAAGAAAGAGAAAGAGAAAGAGCCGGAGAAGUUAGACAAGUUAGAAAACUCUGCAGCCCCCAAGAAGAAGGGCUUCGAGGAGGAGCGCAAAGACAGCGAUGAUGACAGCAGCGAUGACGAGCAGGAGAAGAAACCGGAGGCUCCCAAACUCUCCAAGAAGAAAUUGCGGAGGAUGAACCGCUUUACUGUGGCUGAAUUGAAGCAGCUGGUGGCCCGGCCAGAUGUGGUGGAGAUGCACGAUGUGACUGCCCAGGACCCCAAGCUUUUGGUGCACCUGAAGGCCACAAGGAACUCAGUGCCAGUCCCCCGCCACUGGUGCUUCAAGCGCAAAUACCUGCAGGGCAAGCGGGGGAUUGAGAAGCCGCCUUUUGAAUUGCCCGACUUCAUCAAACGGACCGGAAUUCAGGAGAUGCGAGAGGCCCUGCAGGAGAAGGAAGAACAGAAGACCAUGAAAUCAAAAAUGCGAGAGAAGGUUCGACCCAAGAUGGGGAAGAUUGACAUCGACUAUCAGAAGCUCCACGACGCCUUCUUCAAGUGGCAGACCAAGCCGAAGCUGACGAUUCACGGGGACCUUUACUAUGAGGGGAAGGAGUUUGAGACUCGGUUGAAGGAGAAGAAGCCAGGAGAUUUGUCUGACGAGCUGAGGAUUUCGUUGGGGAUGCCAGUCGGACCAAACGCCCACAAAGUCCCUCCCCCGUGGCUGAUCGCCAUGCAGCGAUACGGACCUCCUCCUUCCUAUCCCAACCUGAAGAUCCCUGGACUGAAUUCUCCCAUUCCUGAGAGCUGCUCCUUCGGUUACCACGCGGGGGGCUGGGGUAAACCUCCUGUGGAUGAGACUGGGAAACCACUCUACGGAGACGUAUUCGGAACCAACGCGGCAGAAUUCCAGACAAAGACAGAGGAAGAAGAGAUUGACCGGACACCUUGGGGAGAGCUGGAGCCUUCAGAUGAGGAAUCCUCAGAGGAAGAGGAGGAGGAAGAGAGUGAUGAAGAGAAACCUGAUGAAACAGGCUUCAUUACUCCUGCAGACAGUGGCCUCAUCACGCCUGGAGGCUUUUCAUCAGUCCCAGCUGGGAUGGAGACGCCUGAACUGAUUGAGCUCAGGAAGAAGAAAAUCGAAGAGGCUAUGGAUGGCAGUGAGACGCCCCAGCUUUUUACGGUGCUGCCUGAGAAGAGAACCGCCACCGUGGGAGGGGCCAUGAUGGGCUCCACCCACAUUUACGACAUGUCUACGGUGAUGAGCCGGAAGGGCCCAGCCCCUGAACUGCAGGGGGUAGAAGUGGCCUUGGCCCCCGAGGAGCUGGAGCUGGAUCCCAUGGCCAUGACCCAGAAGUACGAGGAGCACGUGCGGGAGCAGCAGGCCCAGGUGGAGAAGGAAGACUUCAGUGACAUGGUGGCUGAACAUGCCGCCAAGCAGAAGCAAAAGAAGCGGAAGGCUCAGCCCCAGGAUAGCCGAGGGGGGAGUAAGAAGUACAAAGAAUUCAAGUUUUAACCUCGAAGACAUCUGGCUCCUCUUUAUGCCUAACUUGGACCUUGCAUUUGGUGCCCAGGGCCCAGACCCCUCAUGAUUCCAAGGACUCUUGUUCACUUCCCCUUCUGCUGUUCAGCGUCUCCUUGUGCUGUUCUGAUUUCAGAUCAGUUUUGUAAAUAAAGCUCUUUCCUCCCAGGGAAAGAGUGAAUAGA